AGCUCGAACAGGGCUCUUUUUUGCACCGUCCGCCGCCUUGCCGUGCGCCUUCGUUUUCUUCUCAGUCUAGAGUCUAGAGGAAUUGGAUUGAGUGUGCUGGUCCUGGCCGGUCAUGCCCGCCAUGUCCAAGAUCGCCGUCUGUGGCGGCGCCCUCAUGGCCGCCAGCGCCUUCGUCACCCCGGCGGGCCCCAGGACCGCGAGGAUGCAGAGCAGCCUGCGCGGAACGAACGUGGAGCAGGGAAAGGCCAAGUCAGGCACCUCCCUGAGCGGUGCCUUGGCCAGCAUGGCUGGCUUGGCUGCAGUGGCCAAUCGCCCAGCCAGGACCCCCCAGACAGUUCUUUGCGCCUAUGAUGCAUCCAACGAGAUCGGUGCCUGCGAUCCUUUGCUCUUCUGGGAUCCCAUUGGUUACUGCGGGGGCGACUGCACCAAGCAGGACUUCGAUCGGCGACGGGCGGUGGAGCUGAAGCAUGGAAGGAUUUGCAUGUUCGCCACCAUCGGCAUGCUUUGGCCUGACGUGUUUGGAAAGUUCGAUGGCUACUUGUCCCCGUCGCAAAACCUGAAGUUUGCCGACGUGCCGUCGGGCUUGGCGGCCAUCUCCAAGGUUCCAUUGGAGGGCUGGUUGCAGGUCCUUUUGGUGGCCGGACUGAUCGAGACGCAGCUCUUCAAGGACCAAUCCUUUGGUGGUUUCGCCUAUGCCAAGUAUGGUGAGCCAGGCAACUUUGGCACAGGCUACUGGGGCCGAAAGAUUCAGGACCCUGCGGAGCGCCGCUUGAAGCUCACCACGGAGCUGAACAACGGGCGCUUGGCGAUGGUGGCCAUGACGGCCAUGCUGAUCCAGAAUGGUCUCACCGGACAAUCGCCCGUGGAGCAGCUCACCAGCGGCCACAUCUCGCCCUUCAAUGAUGGCCAGGGCUUCUUUGCGUUCGAUGCCUCCAAGGAGCUGGGUGCAUGCCCUCCCUUGGGCUACUGGGAUCCCUUUGGCAUGAUGGCCUUCCAGGACGAGGAGAAGUUCCGCAGGAACCGUGAGCUGGAGUUGAAGCACGGUCGAAUUUGCAUGGUGGCCACCAUUGGAAUGAUCGUGCCUGACCUCUUUGGCCGCUUCGGAGGAGACCUGUCGCCCUCCAUGGGCCUGAAGUUCUCCGAUAUCCCCUGCACCAUCGAGGCCAUUUACAAGGUCCCGGCGGCCGGAUGGCUCCAGGUUUUUGCCCUGGCGGGCGCCAUCGAGGCGAAGAACUUGGCUUUCCCCACGAACUACGGCUACCCACCAUUCUGGGGGCAGAUCGACAAGCUGGAGCCAGAGGAGAAGCAGAAGAAGCUUCUGGCUGAGAUCAACAAUGGCCGUUUGGCCAUGGUGGCCAUGGCAGCCAUUGUGGCGCAGAACGGCGCCACCGGGCAGUCCUUGGUGGAGCAGUUCACCACAGGCAACCUGAACCCAUUCAUCGGCGGCUAUGCGCAGAAGGAGCGCACUGAUCGAAUGAGCAUGCACGCCCAAUCGGACUUCUUCUUCAGUGGGAAGGCGGGAAACAACUCGGAGGCGAUCCCAUGGGAGCCCAUCCCUCAGGGGCUCUCCAAUGAUCUCUUCGGCCCCUACGUGGGCGAUGUGGGCUUCGACCCAGCGGGCUUCGCCAAGAACACUCGCUUGCUGCCAUGGUACCGUGAGGCCGAAUUGGCUCAUGGGCGCGUUUGCAUGUUGGCGACUUUGGGCUACACCGUGCAGACCUCCGGCGCUAAGUUCGAGCCCUUCAUCACCCGCUAUCCGACCGACUCUUCAGACCCUCUGAAGGCGGCCACCCAGGUGCCCAUCGUGGGGUGGCUGCAGAUCCUUGUGGUCAUCGCCCUGUCAGAGCUUUGGCGCUAUGAGAAUGUGAUCUCCAAGUACAGCGAAGGUGUUCAGCCGGGUGAUCUGGGUUGGAACCCCACGGCACCCACGGGCUCCAAGCGACCCAAGUGGUUCGGCCCCACCUUCUCUGCGAACUAUGCGCCAGAGGAGUGGAACAACAUGCGCUUGAGGGAGAUCAAGCAUUGCCGAUUGGCCAUGGUGGGCUUCUUCUUCAUGGUGCUCACGAACGCCUCCACCGGUCAAGGCCCUUCGCUGUUGCCCACCUACACGCAGGAGGAGUUCCAGUCCACGGUGGGCGACUUCAUCCCCAAGGGUCUCUAAGAGCAGAUGAUAGGCUGUGAGUGGAGGUCAGGAUUUUGAAGCAAAUGAGGAUGAUGCUGGUG